AUGAAUACUGAGUAUACACUCAAAGAUAAACUCGGAUUAAACUUCAACUUCUCCGAGUCUACGAAAUCGCAAUCCUAUAUAAACAUGCGCGGCGGCCAUUAUCACACAUUUCUAACAAUGAAAUCUAUUAUUGUUCUAUUCUGUAUUAUUGCUGUUGGAUUUGCCAGGCCUGGUGGUUAUGGCCGACCGGCGUUUGGUCCAGAAAUCAGUCCUAUCGGAGGGGGAUUCCAACAAGGAGGAUUUGCUUCCCAGUCGUUCACACAAGGCAGCUCAAUUAGUUCUGGAGGAUUUGGAGGUGGAAUUCCACCAGGUCCAGGAUUUGGAGGCGGAAGUUACUACGGAAAACGUUAA